AUGGCCCACUUGGAAGAGACCUUCUUGAAACAGGUGAGGAAGUAUGGUGUGGAUGGGUGCUUCAAGCUGCAGUCGUACUGGACUUUGCAGACUUCCAAUGCCAUCAAUGGCCCAGGCUUGGCAAAGUUGAAAGACUUGGUGGGCGCCCUUUCUGAUUUACAAACAGGCCUGCACUUCAAGUUCUCAGACUUAAAAGCAGCCCUGAAGCAAUGCACCGCUGAGUUCCCUGACAUCAGGAAGCAGGUGCAUGAGGAGCAGAGAGGUGACUAUGAGGGCACCUUGGCAUCUGCACUGCUGUGCAUUUGUGCACAUGUGAGGAGGCUCAAAGACCCCACAAGGUUCAAAGAGGCAUGCUCAAAGUGCACCAACCAUGAGAAGAAGGAGCUUUUCGAGAUGAAGAGAUGGGUUGGAGGAGAUGAUGCAGAGCCCCAGAGUCCACCUGGACCUGCCUUUGCUGAGCUGGAAGACUUGCCAAGUUUGCCUGCAACACCGAGCUUGGCAGCAACACCCAUGAAGAACACCUUGGAUGAAGAGGCUGAGCCACAACUGCAUUAG